CAUUGUGGUUAGAUUUGUGUGAAAAUGUCAACAAACUUCCCGGAUGAUCUUCUGCAGCAGUACAAAUCGCUGUCCACGAAGCUGAAGAAGGCCGAAAAGGCAGUCUUCAAGCGCUUCGGGCCGAAUCUCUUGGAGGUGUCGGAGGAGUUCUCCUCCCUGGCCGGAAGCUUCAACAAGGCCUUCCUGCCCGAAUACGCGGCGCUGUGCUGGCUUGGCGUGGCUAAAUGCGAGGGACUGAUUGGGAAUGGAGUGACGGAAGUGGACGCGCUCCUGCGGUCAGCCAAGGCCUUCCUGGCGGCACACGAUCAGCAGCAGAGGCUGCACGUGCUCACGAAUGCCGGAGAGCAUCUCGAGGGCGCCCUGAGGUGCUACAAUCAAGCCCUGGGGCGUCUCUCUGAGGACUCCGCCAUGCGGGCGGCCAUCAUCCGGGAGAUAAAGAAGAUCAAGCCAAAUGCCGAGAACACCAGCAACUUCAACUCUCCGUCGCACCGAAUCUACGAUCUGGAGAUGUCGGCGAAGGAGAGCAUUCAGUCCGGAGACUUCGUGGCGGCGCUGGAGAAGCUGACGGAGAUCUGUGACGAUGUGGGCGAGAGGAGAGUCGAGGCCUUCUACGGCAGCGUUCUCAACCGCACGGAGAUUUCCCGGCUGCUUCUGCUGCUGCUCCUGGAAGUGCCGCCGGCCAGACAAUCACCCUCGCACAUCAAGCUGCUGGAGAGAUACACGAGUCUCGAGUCCAGCUGCUCAGAUCCCGCCAACAUUCCCAUUGGCAUGGAUCUGGAGCUCUUCCUGCAGCUUCAGGGCCUCGCGGUGGCGUGCCAAAUGAAAGACAUCGACGCUAUUCGUGCCUCCCGGAAUGCCAUCAUUGACUUCCGAGCAGUCGCGCCCGAGCAGCACUUUGUGCUCGGGCGAAUCCUGAGGAAAUUCGAGGACUCCGCGAAUGUUUGUAAAGGCUGAAUGGGAGUCUUAUUAGGGAAGAAAUACAAAGUCUUUUUCA